AUGAACUGUCGGCGUUUGGCCCUUCUGAUAGCCAUAAUCGCCGUUUGUGCGCUCUCCGCACCGCAUCCCACGGGCGAUGGAAAUGGCCCUGUAAGCAAUGGGGGCCAGCCGUCUGGAGGAAACCAAGGCCCUGCGGUUGGCACUGGAGCAACCACCAAAAGCCGUAAGUCUAGCGGGUCUGCGAUGUUUAGCUGUGAAUUGUUUGACAUAUUUUGUCGCGAUUUUAGUGGUUUAUUUUAUUUGUUUUAAGCCACCACGAAGGCACCGACCACUACCAAGACAACGACUCCCCAAGCUGCGCCACCCCUCACCCAACCCCAUCCAACGCCACCCACCAAUGGCUCGAAUAUUGACUCUAAUUCCACUCGCCCCACGACGACCCCCACGAGAGGAACCACCAAGACAACGGCGGCCGGGGCUAACCGCACCGCUACGACCACAACCCCCACAGCAGGAACCAAUACGACGGCGGGCACGGCCAACGAAACCACCACCACAAGCACUACGGCGAGAACAAAUACCACGACGACGAUAGAGACCAAUUCCACGGCCACUACCAAUUCCUCGACGAUGACGACAACAACAAGAACAAGAGCAACGAGCAAAGCAACAAAAAGAACCAGACCGACUCCAGCUCCAGUUGUUCAUGUAGGCCUGGGAAGAAUGGGAGUCUUUUUUGGUGACAGCUCUUUAUUGUCAUCGUAUUUUUAUUAUUUAUCCAUGCUCUUAUACAUCCAUACCUUUGCAAUUGCAGUCCAUGUCCGCCGGUGAAGUGAUUAGCUACGUUCUUGUUGGAUUGAUGGUCGUCGGCGGCGUUUCGGCGUUGCUCUUCGCCUACUUCCGCUGUUUCAGGCACAGGAACACGCCGGCCGCCAACUACACCGCCGGUACGGCUCCCAAUAACCCGGCCCCUCUUAAAACAACCCUCGCCGGCACGGCCUCCGCCGAUCGUGUCUCUACCGGUCAUCGCCCCACCGGCCACGCCCCUGCUACGAAAAACAAGACGGAAGAGGGAAGUCCGGGGCCGUGGCAGACCAAGUAUGAGGACAAGCCCGACUUGACCGGCCCCGAGCACUUGGAUGUGAACAAGAUCCGGUUCAGGGGCCCGAUGAAGAUCCCGAACAUCAUCGUUCCCAUCUCUGUAAGUCUGGGGGAGGGCUUGUUAAUCUCUUUCGGCUGGAAAAUUGAGGCACGUCAAUCCAAAAUAGAAGAAAAAAUUUCCCGCCCCUUUUUUGGUGAUUCGUUCAAAAUCCGAUAAAACGCAUUUUCUUAUCUUUCUUCUUCCUUUUCGAGAAAAAAACAAUUAUUUCGGGCGAGAAAAAGUGCCGAUAAUUUCGCGACAUUUCGUCUCUCUUUUAAACCAAUGAAAACGGUACGAAGUUUCGAAACGGUUCAGGAAAUGCGCUGGAUUGACGUGUGAGGCCAUUUCUUUGAGAUGGCCCGGUUAGACGGCCAUUUUUACGAUUUAGGGUUUGCAAAACAUGAUUUUAUUUUUUUCAUUCAUGUUUUCAGGCGGAUGAAGACGAUUCAAAAAUCCCGGACCUCCUCCCCAACGAACAUUUUGAAAUUGACGAGAACCUGAACGAAGCCAUCGAAAUUGGGUCCGAAGUGGAGUCGGUUGUAGACCUGCAGGGCAACGUGGUCCGUCCGCCUCGCCCUCCGGCUCCAUCGCCUCCUCGCCGAAACCGUGCCGAUGGAAACCCCAACCAACUCCAAGUCAUCCGUGACUAG